GCGUCUUCCAAAAAAACAGUCUUGGAGUCUCAGCACAAAGAUCCUCUCCAUAACUACUUCUAGAGGAGCAGAGUCAGGAGCGCAGGGCGGAGAAAGAUGUCGGAUGAAGAUGACGUGGAUGACAUUGAUCCAGAACAGGAUGACGUGGAAAGUGACAAGGAGAUGGAGGAAUGGGAAGACUACAGGAAAGAGGCAGAAGAAGCCUCCGAGGAAUGGCUGCCUACUCCCCUCACGGAGGCCAUGAUGAAGGAAGGGCUCUCAUUACUCUGCAAGACUGGCAGUGGACUGGCUCACGCCUAUAUUAAGCUGGAGGCUAAGGACAGGGACCUCACAGACAUCUCCUUACUGCGCUCCUAUAUCCAUCUUCGCUAUGUGGAUAUUUCUGAGAACCAUAUUACAGACAUAUCGCCGCUCAACAAUCUCACUCACCUCCUGUGGCUCAAGGCCGACGGUAAUCAGCUUCGGAGUGCCCGGAUGAAUGAACUGCCCUACCUGCAGAUCGCCAGCUUUUCCUACAACCAGAUCAUGGACACUGAAGGCAUCUUUCAUCCCCGUCUGGGAAGCCUUGAUCUCAAAGGGAACCGCAUCCACCACGUGACUGGUCUGGACCCCGAAAGACUGUGUAGCCUGCACACCCUGGAGCUUCGGGGGAACCAGCUAGAAACCACAACGGGGAUCUUCCUUCCCAAGCUGAAGAAUCUCUACCUGGCUCAAAACCUGCUGAAGAAGGUGGAGGGCCUGGAGAACCUGAGCACCUUGACCACCCUGCAUCUUCGAGACAACCAGAUUGAAACUUUGGAUGGCUUCUCCCAGGAAAUGAAGUCGCUGCAGUACCUCAACUUGAGGAGCAAUAUGAUUAGUGACCUGGCAGAGCUGGCCAAACUGCGGGACCUGCCCAAGCUUCGAGCCCUGGUACUGCUAGACAACCCAUGUGCAGAUGAGACCGACUACCGCCAGGAGGCCCUGGUGCAGAUGGCGCACCUUGAGCGCCUGGACAAAGAGUUCUAUGAGGAUGAUGACCGGGCAGAGGCUGAGGAGAUCCGUCAGAGGCUGAAGGAGGAACAGGAUCAAGAUCUCGAUCUGGACCAGGACAUGGAACCAUACCUGCCACCAGUUUAGUGGCUCUUCCACCUGCAGGGACAGUAAAGGAAGCCGUGGACACUGGCCCCAAGAACUGAUAAGACUCCUGUGGGGGACCACCACAUUCAUAGCCCCGUCACAGGAAGUGGGAGAUGCUCGUUUUUUGUCCCAGACUGGAAAUCCAUCACAUCCCAAGGCCCAGGCUCCUUGGCAGUCAUCUCUGUGUGGCUGGCACAGGUCUGGGGUAACUAGGAUCCUAGUAGGUGUCUGGAGAGAGACUCUGACGAAGUGGGCUGUGAUGGACCAGUUGCGGUUUCAAAUAAAAAGGUGUUUCUAUAU